AUGGAAGAACAAGUUAUUUGUCAAGGAUGUAUUCAGAAGUUAAUUGCACGAGUAGAAAAGGAUUCAACAACAAAUAAUGAGAAACAAAUAUCUUCAGAAGACCCCUAUAAAUUGAAACUUGAUCAUGAUGAUCCUGAACAUCCAUUUAUGUGGAAUUCCAAAAAGAAGUUUUUUCAUCUUAUUAUUAUGCUUAUUAUGGUUUUUACUAUGUUUUUAUCUCUUACAUUUUAUGUUUCACAUGUAUUAACUAAACCUGAAUUACAUACACAUCUUUUUUUAUUAACUUCGAUGUUUUCUGGAUUUGCACUUGGACCAUUUAUUGGAGCACCUUUAUCAAAACAUUUUGGAAACAGGAAAAUAUUUUUAAUUUUUGUUUUUAUAUUUACAAUUUUUCACAUAUUUUUUAUAAUGAUAUCAAAUAAAAUUUCACUAAUUAUCUUUCGAUUUUUAAAUGGAUUAUUUGGGGGUAUAAUUUUUAGUUCUUGUAGGCUUUCAAUUUUCGAUAUAUUUAGUAAUGGGGGUUCUUUUUCAAAAAUGUUGCUUCAGUCUUCAGUUUUGCUAGGAAUUCACAUGGGUCCUGUGGUUGGACUAGCUUUAGAAGAAAACGGCAGAACUGUAUGGUGGUUUUGGACUAGCCUAAUUUUAUCAGCUAUUAUAUUUGUGUCCAGUAUAUUAAUAUUAAAAGAAGCUUCACCUGAAAUUAUUUUAAAUAAAAGAAUUAAAAGAUUAAGGAGAGUAACAGGUUCUUCGCGAUUCAUAGCUUGUAUAGAAGACAAAAAGCCAUUGCGUUAUGUUUUUUUAGCAUUACUUAAAAUGUCAUGGAAUAUUCUAGGGAAGGAUUUUAUGCUUUUAUUUGUUAUUAUUUCUAAGGUUAUUAUCUGGAAUACUAUUUUCCUUAUAUUAUUUAUUCAUCCAUUUUCACUGACGAAAAUUUAUAAAGGAACUUUGUUAAAUUUUUUUUUAUUAUUGCUUUUUCAUGUACUAGGCAUAUUAUUGGCGACUAUAUGUUAUAAAAUUUAUAAUGAAUUAUAUAUAAAACGACAAAAACAAAAUAAAAUUAAGACAAAACUUCUUCCUUCUGUUAUAAUAUACCCACUUUAUAUAUCUUCAUUGUUUUGGAUGGGAUUUACUACACAUACUCUUUUUCAUUAUAUAAUACCAGUUUUAUCUCAUAUUGUUAUGGGAUUUUCAGAGACAUUAAUACUAGAUAGUCUUAAUCAAUAUAUAGAAACAUCUUAUUCUGAUGAUCCAUAUCCAGUAAACAUUAAUUUAGCUUUUUCAAAGUUAAUCGCUUCUACAAUAAUUCACGCAAUUAUUAAAAAAUCUCUGGUACAAAAAAUAACUAUUCUGGUCACAAUUAUCGCUAGUAUCAAUGUUUUUUCAUAUAUUAUUUCUCUUGUUUUAUUUAUUUUGGGGUCUAGUCUUCGAUCUAAAAUUCAACAAAAUUGA